AAAUCUAAGUAAACAAAUCAAAAGUAUAAUUCGAGUUUACAGUAAAAAUAAUAAUCCCUGAAAAAAAUGGCGGCAUAAUAUUCCCUCCAAAUUCAAAGCAUUUUUCAUUAUGGACUCAAUCCCUCAGUCUUCCCUCCAAAUCCUUUCCCAAAUCCUCCCCCUUUUCGGAAUAUUCCUCCUAAAUUUCGAAACUUUCACCAAUUUUUGGAGCCAAUUUCAAAAAUUUCUCCUUCAAUUACCUUCGAUUCGAUCUCGAGGCCAACGACUUCCCCCAAAACUAAACCCUAGCUUCCUCUUCUACUUCUUCUCCUCCGUUUCCCUCGCUUUCCUCAGCAAAUUCGAUCCGGGUUCGUUGCUAAUGGCGUCGAGCGAUCCACCGCCGUCUCCUAAAAUCGAAAACCCAGUCAAAACCCUAGACGACGAGUCUUCACCCACCGCUCCGAUUCGAGCCCUCGUUACUCACUCGCUAGCCCUCUCCUCACCAAUUCGCCAGAUCCAAAACCCAGUUGAAUCUUCCUCUUCGCCCUCUAAUAACGACUGCAGAGAUUCUCAAAUCACGCCAGCAGGGAGUUACAUGCCUAGUUUUGAGUAUCUUAGCGACGACGACGACGAUCACAAGAUGGAACCUGCAGAGCCCUUCUCGUGGUCGUAUCUGAAGAACGAACCCACUGGUGUUGGUGCUGGAUUGUAUAACUCAGGCAACACUUGUUUCAUAGCUUCUGUGUUACAGUGCUUCACUCAUACUGUGCCUCUCCUCGACGCUCUUCGUUCUUACAAGUAUCAAGAUCAUUGCAACUGUGGGAAUGAGAGUUUCUGUGUUCUGAAGUCUCUCAGAGAUCAUAUCGAGCUUGCUCUGAGGUCUUCAGGAUAUGAUCUACAGAUCCAUCAGUUUCGUGAUAACCUUAAUUAUUUCUCGUCUGACUUCCAGAUAAACAACCAAGAAGACGCUCAUGAGUUUCUGCAGUCGUUUUUGGAUAAGUUAGAGAGAUGUUCUUUGGAUCUUACUAGUAGAAACACGCCUGGAACUGUUGUCUCUUCUCAAGGUGUUAACAUUGUUGACAAUGUCUUUGGUGGGCGUCUCGUUAGUAAGCUUCGUUGCUGCAACUGCAACUCCAUUUCAGAAACGUUUGAACCGUCUGUAGGAUGGAGUCUUGAAAUUGACGAUGUGGAAGAUCUUUCGAGCGCUUUAGAGUCUUUUACUUGCGUUGAAAAGCUAGAGGACCAGCUUACGUGUGAUGAAUGUAAAGAGAAAGUCUUAAAGGAGAAGCAACUUAAGUUCGAUAAGUUGCCUCUUGUUGCUACGUUCCAUUUGAAGAGGUUUAAGAAUGAUGGAGUCUAUAUGGAGAAGAUUUUUAAAGAUGUCAAGUUCCCUUUGGAGUUGGAUAUGCUUCCUUACAUGAGCAGUAACGAAAAUCCUCAAGUUUCAACAAAAUACUAUCUCUAUGCCAUGGUGGAGCAUCAAGGGAGUGGAGUACAUUUUGGUCACUACUCAUCGUAUGUGAGGUCAGCUCCUGGGACAUGGCACCAUUUUGAUGAUGCAAAGGUCAGGAGAAUCAGUGAAGAAUGUGUUCUAUCAAAGAAUGCUUAUAUGUUGUUUUAUGCAAGAGAAGGAACUUCUUGGUUCUCUAGUGCUUUUGAAGAGCUGAAGACAUUAUAUGAAGCUACUCCGAUAAGUUUCUCUCCCACGUCAGUGCUUGAGACCACCUGCAGAGAGGAGUGUAAUGCCAACAAAGCUUGUAAUGGCUCGGUGGGAGUAUCGGUUCCGGGUGGAGAUUACCGUUGUGAUGAGCCACAAGAUGAAGUGUUUUAUUCAGCAGAGCCCAUCAGUUAUGACGUAUCUUUCGCCUUUAAGUCACCACCUAAGGCUGAUGAAUCUGGGAAACCGUUUGCUGAGACCUUUCACCAAAAAGAGGCUACUAUGUAUCCAGCUUGCAACAGAGCUACUACCGUUGACGCUUCUGUGCCUGAGAUCAAGAUUCAAGAAAAAGACCCAUCUCCAAAACGAAAAGCUGCUGAGAGAGCUACCAUUGGUGAAGAUGCUUAUCUGCCUAAGCCCAAGAUUCAAAAACCAAACUCUUUUGCAAAACGACAAGGACCAUUUCAGAUUCAACGAGAGCAUUUGCAAAAUAAGAAGGAAGAAACUCAUGAAACAAAGCCGAUUAGAAGCACCGUUGCUGCUGCUUCUGUAGCAGAUCUUAAGGAGAAAGAACAUGCUAUUCAAUAUCUCAGGAACAUGCCUUCGUCUCGCUCUCGAAUGCUUGCUGCAGCUAUAGGUGUUGAGGUCAAAAAGAAGAAUAUCUCUAACAUCAGAAGAUCGAACCUUCACAGGAAUCUCUCUGGACGGCCAUCAAACUGAAGUUUGGGAUAAAAGCUACUCUGUUCAUCUUUCUUUAUUUGAUAUGAAGAGUUUUUCUUUAGUUUUGUUUGGGGUUUUCUUGUGUAUAUCACUUUCAUCAAAUUUUGUAAAGCUCCAACCAAAAUUCUAUAUAAAGUUUAAUGUUUUUUUUCCCA